UGUGCUUUAGAUCUACAGUUUCUGAAAUACUAGGAUACAUGGAAGUAAAAUUACUUGCAUUUCUGAAAUGUCCAUCCCCGAAAAAUACAAACAGCACGCCUGGAUUGUGGUAAUGGCUUUGUGUGAGAGUACACUUUAGAUUUAUUCUCUCCCUGUAGGGUUUGGGGUGACACACAGUGCCAAUAACUUCUUCUUGGUUAGUCUUCUCUGAAGGACUUUUUGGAUGCCACUGCAAGAUAAACUAGAUUAUCCUUAUCAGUGAUCUUGCUUUCACUAACAAAAAUGCACACCAGCUCUAAGGAAUAUAUGUUUUUGAUAAUGCAUUCAAAGCCUUAGAACACGACUUCUAGUUUACAUGAAAAUGUCUCUUCCACCUCAUAAUUGCCAAUGGGACAGCAUCAAGCCACCCUUCCUGCAUUAUAAAUACAUGUAUAUUAUUAUCCUGUAUGUUUUUGUCAGGUCAGCUCCCUCUGUGACGUCACAACAAUGGCUAUCCCGAGAGAGAGAACGGCAGCUUAUCGGAGCGGCACCUCACAUGCACACAUCUGGUCGUGUUCGCGGAAAAGCAGCUUUGGCGAUGAAAAACGCACUUCCAGUUGUUGCGCCCGUUCAACCUCAGGAACAAGGCAACAGGUGAGCGACUCAACUGUAAUUCUAUCCUCCACCCUACCAUCCCCAAGACCCACGUCUAGCUCGACUGACAAUACUACUCUUAGCUCUUCUUACAAAAUGUCACCAAAGGCCAACCCACGUUCUGCACGUCUAGCCACACCCUCUACGACUCCUUCUUCGCCGCGACCGACAGGUUUGAAGAAAGAGAGUAUCCAGAGAUUGACGAAUGGUGGGAUCCCUCUCACAGCCAGGAGAAGACGUCUGUCUCUGGACGCUGCAGUCGCAGCUACCGAAGACACUAAGAGACAUUUCGCUGAAAGCCAAGAGCCUCGAUCUAUUCUCAAGACAGGCACACGUCGAAGCAGUGUCACUUACAUUGACAGUUCUUCUUUCUCUUCGACGUGUGAUACACCUUCAACGUCAGGGUCGUUUACAACAGCAUCCACCACGAUCCCCAUUCAAACGGAUCUUUUAUCCCUUUCUUCCUCACCGUCUUUAUCUUCCUUGACGUUGUCGUCGUGUUCAUCUCGGCAGCUCGCAGCCCCAACCACCACGACCACCGUGGUGAAGAAGGAAGGCAUCGAGGUGGCGCCACUCUCGUGCUCUCCAACUAGUGAGAACAGUUCAGAGGACGGGCUGAGACGCUUUCGUUACAAGUUGCCCGUAGAGCCAAUAACGUCAUAUGAUGUAGGCCCAAAACGAGUGACGUUUGAUGACGACGUUCUGGUCAUACCAAAAAGCUGCCAUCGAGAGAGGAGACUGUCAUUGCCUUCUAAAAAGUGACUCGAAAUCUAAAGUAAAUAAUAUGUAGAGAAAAACAAUAAAAACACAAUAUAUUACCUUUGUCUCCACCAUUUAUUCAGUGUUAGUGUUUUGUACAUAUCUCGAUCUUAGUCUUCAGGCUGUUAAUCUGAAGGAGCUUUCUGACAUUUUUCAAUUUAAUACAUGUACACAAGGAUGGGCCGAUAAGCCAGUUUUUUUUUAAUUCUUGCCAUAUAUUUCGCACCAAAUAAACAUUAGUUUAUAAUUCUCCAUUCAAGGAAUGACUUUACAGAACAAAAAGGUAGAAUAACUAUCUGGCGUGCUUGAGGGUCCCGAUUUGAGGUUUACGUUUUUGAAGAAUCGAAAAACAGCCGGUAACACCAAACAUCCAGGCUAUAAAGGAAGAGGAAGGCCCCGCAAAGGUGGACUGAGGGAGUCAAGGAAACCCUGAGUAAUUAUGAUAUCCCAUUUGAAAGAGCUGUGGAGCUGGCCUACCGUAGAAAACUGCAUGUCCCUUCGACGCUUAACGGCAACAGAGAAUGAAAAAAAUAUGAGUAAAAGUAAGAAAGUAAAACCUCCAAGCCUUUUGAAGCACACAACAAAUCGUGGAAUGUUCAUCGUUAUGAUCUUGAUGCUUAAGGUCAAGUCUAAAAAUAGAAACUUCAAAACUUCCCCUGUAUAUCGAAAGUAUAAUUAACAUGAAGGUACAGCAUCGUUACAGAUAACAGUAGAACAAGCGACAAAGACCCAACAGCAAAACGACGAAAUACAAAAGUUUUUAUUCAUUGUUUCUCUGAGCACAUCACUUUCAGUGAACUGGCUGGUGUAAGGUGGGGGUGGGAAGGAAGUUAUCCUGAUAGGAGGUGACGAUGAUGAUGGUCAGAGAUGGGUGGUGUGAUAACAGUAAAGGGAGUUGACUGAAGUAGUGGGGAUGGGGGUGAGCUUUGGUGAUGAUCGUAGGACAGAAGAAUAACUCGUUUAAAGAAGUGCCGAUUUGAUGAUAUUAUUGUAAUAUCUCUGUCUAAAUCCAUUAUUUCUUCAGAAGAUCUCUAUAAAGGUUAAGAAGCUUGUUUGUUUUUUCUCUGAGAUAAUUUAACACAAAAUGUAAUGGCAAACUUUUGUUUCUUAAAUCUUUCUGCGGUUUUCUAAAAGAGGCAUAUAAUUUAUCAGUUGCACUGGGGUUCUUUUUCUCUAUUAACAUAAUAUUUGUCUGUGGCUGGGGUGUGGGACUUAUACCUAAAACCAUCAACAUUCUUUUGGGAGCUAUAAAUUGGGAGCUAUAAA